AUGAGUGGAUUCAAACGAGAUCCCGUCUUAGAGACAAGUGUUGAAUUUAUUUGUGCGGCAAAAGCGAACUCCAGCUUCUACUCACGGCAGGCACUGCAUCAACAAAGAUUCAAUUUGCUCCGAACCGCUCCGAACGCCAGUAUUUUAUCACCCGCCAAUGACCGAAUUCCUUUUCACCUAGUCCUCAUGGGUAGAGAUGGUUUAAAUGCGCUAUCAAUUGAACAACUUAGUACGUUAAUUGGCUUUUCUGCGCUGGGAAGUAGUGAAAAAGGAAUGCUUUGUCAUUUAGCGAUCCCAUUACCUCUGCACGACAGUCCGCUAACAUUUCAUCUGAUUCGUCUAGAACGAGAAGAUCGUCAACUGACCUGUAUGGCUUUCUUUGAAACUGCACUAUUUGUCUACCAAGCUGCAGCUGCACUCGCUCACUUUGAACCAAGAAUUAGUCCUAGGCAGCCUGCUCACUUUUGCAUAAGCAAAUUCGGCCUUUCUAUCGCAGCUGAAUCAGCUGAAACGGGCUUGCCGCCUAUUUUGCCAGGGCAGCCACUGGCUGAGGUAGAACGCCUCCUGGCGCCAACACUAGCUCGGAUUGAGACAUUAGCCUUAUGCGGAUCACUCGGUCCUGGGGAGACUUGCUUCACAGAAAGGGAUAAACAAAAAGUAAGCUAUUAUAUCCUAUAUUUUUUUAUUAAUAGACAUUGUCAUUAUCUUAUCUUGAUGAUCAUGUUAGAGCAUGCGUAUUAUCUUUUCGACCAAUCUCAUUAUCAUGGAGAAAAAAUCUAG